AUGAGCCACGGUGUGCAGGUUAAUAAUCGAGUGCACUCCUCCUCCGACAAGGUAUCGCCGGGAACGAAAUCACUGGCUUCGAAUAUCAAAGGAAAAGAAACAAAAGAAGAAGGACACAAUAAUCGGUUGGUGUUGGAAGAAUCGCGGCAGAGCGGGAUUCGAAUGAUGGAGCGGCGGCGGAGAGAUUCGCCGAGGGCGGCGUCGGCGGCGGGUGGUAACUUCCGAUUUAGAGAGUAA